GCCACCGUCAGCUGGAGCCGCGCUCUCUCCGCCGCUGACCUUCCCGUCUGCAGCCGCUCGCUCGCUCGCUCGCUCGCUCGCGGGGUGAGCAGGGAAUGCCCCAGCGGCUCGGGGCGGCUGCUUCCGCUGGGGUAGCUUGGACGGCAGCGUGACCAUGAACCCCCAGUGCGCUCGCUGUGGCAAAGUCGUCUAUCCGACCGAGAAAGUCAACUGCCUGGAUAAGUAUUGGCACAAAGGAUGUUUCCAUUGCGAAGUCUGCAAAAUGGCUCUGAACAUGAACAACUACAAAGGAUAUGAGAAGAAACCAUAUUGUAAUGCACAUUACCCAAAGCAGUCCUUUACUACCGUGGCAGACACACCUGAAAACCUUCGACUGAAACAACAAAGUGAAUUACAAAGUCAGGUCAAAUACAAACGAGACUUUGAAGAAAGCAAAGGAAGAGGCUUCAGCAUUGUAACUGACACACCAGAACUGCAAAGACUGAAAAGGACACAGGAACAAAUCAGUAAUAUCAAAUACCAUGAAGAUUUUGAGAAGACAAAAGGCAGAGGUUUCACUCCAGUAGUUGAUGAUCCUGUGACUGAACGGGUGAGAAGAAAUACCCAGGUGGUUAGUGAUGCUGCGUAUAAAGGGGUUCACCCACAUAUAGUUGAAAUGGACAGAAGACCUGGAAUCAUUGUUGCCCCUGUGCUUCCUGGGGCAUAUCAACAAAGUCAACCCCAAGGAUAUGGUUACAUGCACCAGACGAGCAUGUCAUCUAUGAGGUCAAUGCAUUCACAGCCACAUUCAGCUAGCUUGAGAACAUACAGAGCUAUGUAUGACUACAGCGCCCAAGAUGAAGAUGAAGUUUCCUUCAGGGAUGGUGACUACAUCAUCAAUGUACAACCAAUUGAUGAUGGUUGGAUGUAUGGUACUGUUCAGAGAACUGGAAAAACUGGAAUGCUUCCAGCAAAUUACAUUGAGUUUGUUAAUUAAUAUUCACUUUAGUCCUCCUGAGCUUUAUUCUGAUUUACUUACCCUUUACAAAAGUACUUUUAAGACUACAUCUUCAUUACUUCCCUGUUAAUGUAACAGUCUGUGCUCAUAUGCUGAAGUCAACAGGUCCUCUAAGAAAUCAAAGAAGCACUGAGCUCCAGAAGUAUGCUGCUUAAAUUUAUCUAUAAAAACAGACUGUCAGUAGAAACCUGGUGCUUCUUAUCACAUAAAGGUUUCUAGCAAUUAGCUCUCCAUUAUAGUUCUGCCUUUACCGUAGGCCAUAGUUAGCUUUUAAGUUAUAACCAUAAGCAGCAGUUUUCUUUUCAUUUGUGUGACUUUGAAAUUGUAAGAGACUAUAGUUUUGCUGUUAAGGUUCAAGCCAUUAAAAGCCCAAGUGAAUUGACUCAUUCAGAUAUUUUUGUCUUGAUGAAUGCUGUGCUCAACAGUUGCUUACUACUGCCAGGCAGCCUUAAAACAACUUGUAUUUUACCCUUAAUGGUGAUUUCCUGUGACACAAUUGCCUAGUCCACUGUAUACUUCUCUGAAACUUUGGUUUGCUCACAUCCACUCUCCUAACACUUGUCAGUCUUCCCAAAGCACCAGUUCUGAAUGAGUGAUGAUAUAGCAGUGCCUUUUUGCACAGCUAGAGACAAUUUUAGGAUGCAUUUAAUGCCUAUCUUUUAUAUUCUGUUUAUGCCAACCUUUUCUAUUUUCCCUUAUGUUAACAGUGUAUAUAUAGAAAUGCCUAUCUUCAAAGCACUUUACAAGUAACAACAAUCUCGUACUUUCAUUUUUGUCAACAGUCUGACUUGGCAAUCUUACAAUACAGGGAUUUGUGAUAGCAAAAUGUGAUAGCAAAAUGUUGUAGCAUCAUGGUAAUCUGUGUGUGUGUGAUGGGGAUUAUAUCAUGAAUCUGGAGUUUGAUUUAUGUCUGGUUGGCAAGCAAUAUGAAGUUUCUGAAGAUUAAUAGAUGAAAAAUAUGUAGAAGAUUUUACAAGGAAAAAAGACUAAUUAGUAAAUUUCCAUGCUUAUGAAUAUAAAUCAUAGACUGGUGGCAUCCAUCUAAUAACUUUACCAUCACAAAAAGUGAAAAUACACAUAUUUUAUUCUACAGCAGUUCUAAAAUCCCAUUAAUAGGCUUCGUGGUGCUGCCUUACUUUUAACGCAUGUUAUAAUUAGCAUUAAUGGAAUAAAAAAAUAUUUCUAAAAAGGUUUUUAAAUUCAAUUUUAUUAUCUUCUAUCAAAAUAUGUGGGAAAUGCUUUGAGCAAAAAUAUUAUUUACUGUAGCAAUCAGAAUCUAUCCAUAAAUCUAAUGCAUUCCUAUAUAAGCAGUACUGGAAUUCUAAUGUGUUGAUACAUUUUCUUGACCAUUUGUGCAAAGAUGUUCUGUAUGUCAUUUUUUCUGCCCUACAUUUAUAUUAUUCAAUGGAGAAUGAAAAAGAGGAAAUAUGGAGCGAAUGUAUUUUUCUACAUAGUCAGCCCAGAGUUAAAUAAAUUCUACAACUAUUUAUGA